AUGUUCAACGUGUACAACUUAGAGGACAUUCAAUUUGUAGAUUUAUGGUAUGCCUUCAUCGAGAACAGAACAGCAGAUAGCCUGACUAUGGAUAUUGACCCACCGAUGCACAAUUAUGCCUCUGCGUAUGUCUAUGCGGGCACCUUUGACCCAGCGGCCGAUCUAAAUGUUUACGGUGGCGGUUGCGAAAUACGCCAUCUGUCUGAGGACACUAACUGUCAAUCAGACCUCGCCGUGCCCGAUGCGGAGUACCACUUCCGUGCUUUUCUCUGCACGCCCAACAGAUUACUUUGCGCGAAAGCCCUCGGGAAUAGAAUAUGGACCAGAGCGCCUGGUAAGUAA